ACACAUUUUUUCCACCCCUUUUUUCUUCAACCAAUACACUCAUCUUACUGUAACAUAACUCUUCCUUCCCACAUGUCAAAAGAAAGUGAGGAUUUUUCCACUGAGAUUGUGCAGAGAGGUGUUGAGAACUCUGGCCCAAAUGCUGGCUCUAUUUCUUUCUCUGUGAGAGUACGGCCUAGGCUGCCAGAUUUUCUCAGUUCAGUUAAUCUAAAAUAUGUGAAAUUGGGUUAUGGCUAUCUCAUUAGCCAUCGCUUGUACUUAUUACUGGCACCACCUCUGCUUGCAGUCUUUAUUGCUCGUAUAGCAAAGUUCACUUGGCACGAUCUCUACGAGAAAUAUGGCCUCAUUGAGAUUCUAUUUAUACCAGCCCUUUUGUUCUUACUGCUGUAUUUUUAUAUUGACUUGACACCUGGCUCUACCUAUUUGCUUGAUUUCUCAUGCUUUCGCCCCUCGAACGAAUACAAGAUAUCAAAAGCAGAGUUUAUUGAGCUAGCGAAAAAAUCUGGGAAUUUCAAUGAUACUACUAUUGAGUUUCAAGAACGGGUUCUCAAGAAAUCCGGAAUAGGUGAUGAAACCUACCUGCCAAAAGGAGUUUUUCGGCCUGGUUACAGAAACUCGCUGAAAGAUGGCAGACAAGAGGUAUCAAUGGUGAUGUUUGGGGCAAUUAAUGAUGUUCUUGCUGCCACCAAAGUAAAACCGAAGGACAUCAAAAUCCUGAUAGUAAACUGUGGAAUACUAAACACCACCCCAUCACUCUCCUCAAUGAUAGUAAAUCAUUUCAAGCUCAGGCAUGACAUCCACAGCUUCAACCUCGGUGGGAUGGGUUGUGGUGCCGGAAUCACUGCUAUUGAUCUUGCUAAAGACCUUCUGGAUGCCUAUCCAAGAACUUAUGCACUUGUAGUUAGCACAGAAGCUGUGAGCUCCACCUGGUACAGUGGCAAUGACAUUGAAAUGCAGCUUCCCAACUGCUUCUUCAGAAUGGGCGCUGCAGCCAUCGUGCUCUCAAAUUUCCGCCUAGAUAGAUGGCGCGCCAAAUAUGAACUCAAACAGCUGGUGCGAAUUCACAAAGGGAUGGACAACAGAAGCUACAAAAGCAUACAUCAAAAGGAAGAUAGUGAAGGAAGGAAGGGGAUUAAUGUGAGCAAAGAUAUCAUAGAGGUCGGAGGCCAUGCUCUAAAAGCCAACAUAACGACACUAGGGCCACUAGUGCUACCUGUUUCAGAGCAGCUUCACUUCUUCACCAACUUGGUCUUGAAGAAAAAGAAAACAAAGCCAUACAUUCCGGAUUACAAGCUUGCAUUCGAGCAUAUGUGCAUUCUGGCAACGAGCAAGAAAGUGCUGGAUGAGAUUCAGAAGAACUUGGAGCUGACAGAGGAGUACAUGGAAGCAUCAAGGAAGACAUUGGAGCGAUUCGGCAACACAUCAAGUAGCAGUAUUUGGUAUGAACUGGCUUACCUUGAGUUUAACUCAAGGAUCAAAACGGGUGAUCGCGUUUGCCAGAUAGCUUCUGGGGCAGGGUUCGUGUGUAACAGUGUUGUUUGGAAGGCUCUUAGGAAUGUUAGGAAACCCAACCACAGUCCUUGGAUUGAGGACCAAACCUGAAAUAGCCACAGAACUUCAUUGCCUGCAUGCUUCCAUAUAUCAAACAACUAAGGUAAUCUUAUCAACAAUGGAAAAAACAUAAAUUUAAUAAAUAAAAUCUCUCAAGCAACCAUAUACUUAA